AGAUAUUUAAUUCCUCCCCUGGACCCGGAGCACGAUGGUGCUUAAAUCAACGAACGAGUUUAGCCUCGCGGAUCAAAUCAAAGUGAGGGAUCGAAAAUGGCUUCACGUUCCGAAGAAGAGACCUCCUCCUUAGCCUCACAAAUCUGCAACCAUAUCGCCUCCAUAUUCUCCAAGCCCACCACUCCCUACCCACCACCGUUGGACCUCCUGGUCACCGAGCUCGCCGUCAUCGCUGCUCGAAACGGCACCGUUUUCCUCUACGGCGUCGGCCGCGAGGGCCUCAUGCUCAAAGCCCUCUGCAUGCGCCUCGCCCAUCUUGGCCUCUCCACUCACUUUGUUUUCGACAUGACUACGCCUCCCAUCACCGCCGGUGACCUCCUCAUCGCCUCCGCCGGCCCCGGCGGCUUCUCCACCGUCGACGCCCUCUGCUCCGUCGCUCGAUCAUACGGCGGGAGAGUUUUGUUGCUGACGGCCCAGCCGGAGAUUGGGUCGUGCGUGAAGCACGCGAACGUGGUGGCUUACGUGGCGGCACAGACGAUGGCCGACGAUAAGGAGGAUGGGGAGGUGAAAUCACGACCGUUGCUUCCGAUGGGGAGUGUGUACGAAGGAGCUUUGUUUGUGUUGUUUGAGAUGGUAGUAUACAAGUUGGGUGAAACCUUGGGUGAGAGUCCUGAAGCCGUCCGAUCUCGUCACACUAAUCUGGAAUAAGUAGAAGAUAACAUGAAGGAUCGCGUCCAAUGACUAAUAUAAGAUGUGUUGUUAAACUGAAAAUACGUACCUGUUAUUUUUCGAAUGGAUGUGUUGUAGUCCUUAUCCAUAAAUAAAUUUCUUGUCAAGUGAA